CAAAAAAACAAGUGGGGACAUCGCUUUGUCAGUCGUUGCCUGUAGCCUCGGUCAACCAACACUGCGCAAGCAGCUCUACAGUUCAAGCAAGAUCUACACACCAAAACCGAUUCUAUUCCCGCAAGUGCAAAUUCUCCAGGAAAUCACCUACUUACCAUGAAGGCUGCCCUCGUUGCAUUGUUGUUCCUGUGUGCUGUAGGUAGCACCUUCGCCGUGGAAUGCUAUUCUUGUAGCUACACCACUGGUUUGGGAAGCGACAAGAGCUGCGCAGACCCUUUUGGGUCCGGAAGUGGGGUCUCGAAGGUGACCUGCAAUGGACAGUGCACGAAAUCGUCCAGCAAAAAGGACGGUGAAGCCCUCAGCGUAACCCGUGGCUGUUCGGAGCUCUGUGUCGAUAUUGAUUGUCAGACUGUUCUUGGUGUUGAAGUAUGCGCCAACCUGUGCUGUGAUGGUAAUCUUUGCAACGGCGCAGGCCCGGUGACCUUUAGCGUGGUCGCCAUGGCUGCCAUGGUUGCUGCUGCACGGGCCUUCUCUUUUUAAGGUGACCUCACCGUACAAACGCACGUUCAUGUGGUUGCCUUAGGCCCUCAUCACGUUAUUAAUGUGUAUAAAGAUUUACUCAUCUUGAAUAAUUAAGUGUAGAUCAAAGUACUUGCUGAGGAAUACCCUAUGCGUACAGACCACUGCUGCUCAGAAAAAAAGGUGAGUUUACAAGUUCAUUCUCGGCUACAUACAAGGUGACACGAAAACAUUUGGUGACCAGUGUCUACACAAUCAAUUGUCGUGCAAAUACAUAAAUAAGAUUUUACCCCAAAAGACGAAUCUUUUAAAAGAACAAAGACUGUAGUUUGGAACUGUCCGUAUAACUUAAAAAAACAAAGUGGUUUCCAUGGACGUUCUAUUUAGGUACGUCCUUACUAGAUUUUUUUCAGCCAGUACGUGCGCAGGGUAUUCCAUAUGAAGCAUUUUAUAGUUUUAAAACUUUGUCAAUGUUUAACUAAAGAAUCAGUACUCGGACAAUGUACACAUAUUGUCUAAAUACACAAGUGCCUAAGUUUUGCAACCUAGGACCAAUUGCAAGACCAAAAAUUAACCAAAUAUUUAACGUCAUGUUCAAGAGUCAAGAUUAUCAGUGACAACAAAAAAAUGUUUCGCAAAACAGCAUUUUGAGCGCUGAAGAUUCUAAUGUAAUGAUUGUAAAAAUGCAACUUUCCAAUAAACUAAUAAAAGAGCUGUGCGCUGAAAACUACAUCCUGUUACCGGAUGCGUUGAAAAAUGAGCCUGGAUAAGUCUUAGACUUAAGGAAAUUGCUUACCACCCAACAACAUUAACAUUUAAUGUAAUUUAUUUAGUUAUUAUUUUUUAGUUAUUGAUAGGGCGGAGUGAAGGUUGCAACCCUUGAGUUUAAAGCGGGAUAAACCGUGAUACCGACAUGUUUGGUCUUUGUGCAUGGGCCUAUAUUGAUUCGUUGGCAAUGUGAUAAUCUUAUGCUGUGGACUCAUAAAUAGUUCAUAUAAACACCUCUCUCAUUCUUUCUUUGUCUUGUUUUAAUCAGUUAGCUUAUGUACUGCUUGAUAGGCAUUUAGGUUCUUGGCGUGUAGCUUUUGCCGAAUAGCCGACAUAUUAUUCAGCAAGUCAAUAUAAGUGAUCUUGCUGCAGCAUACUCUUAUAAACGGUCAUAAAAGGUGAAACGAAAGGGUAGCUUCUGUUGGAAAUGACAGUUUCAGGCAAGCUUGACAAUAGCCUCGAUACAAAUAUAUUAACGUUCUAUUACCGAGGGACAGUUUGUUAUAUAUUCAUGCAACAGUUUGCAACAGUUUCCAGUGACCAAAUAUUAACAUGUUUUGGAGUUCAAUCACUUGUAUUUCUCCUGCUGCUUUUGUAAAUGUAAGAAACUGAUGCUGCUACAAAUAAGAUUUCAUAUGUACUGGA